CGCAGGUAGGACACAGGUCGGUUCUCCAGCGAGCGCCACCUGCACGAUCCAUCGGUGGUGCCUCAAAAUGGCCGUUCCUCUCACCUCAGACCUUCCCGGAACGUCGACGGAGACAGGUGGCGAUAUUCAGGUCCGAUCCGACUCGCGGGGCCGCCUCGCUUAGUGCCGAGACCUCAUUCCAGGUGGCAGACAACCGAAAGCGUGUCAGAGACGUUGGUGCGCGGCCCGCUGGAAGGUCGAAAGUGGUCGUCGGUGCAUAAUCCACGAGAGUGCUCGCGGGAGUGCUCGAGAGUAGCCGCGACUCAUCCGCGAUCGUCCGCGAGACAGAUCUGUCUCGGAUCUGUCGCGAGCGGAUCCUCCAUCGAGCCGAUCGACAUCGGGAUCGAUCGCUGAAGCAGGUGGACUCAGUGGCCCAUUCAACUCGUUCCCUCUCCUUCACUUCCCCUUCGUGUUCCUCCUCAUCCGUGUCGUGCGCGCGCGGCCCGCGAAACGGAGCGAGGUGCGCGCUGGUGAUUUCGAUGCGUGGUACGGAAAUAAUUGGAAGACCGAGGCGGACCGCGAGGAUACCGCGCGCGCGCGGUCGUUACGUGGUGCUCAAGGCUCGCCGUCACCUGCGAUCUUUCACCUGGCUGCAGAGCGAUCGUGCCUAGGGCGAUUCCGAGGACCACACGAGUCGAGAGAGAACGAGAGAGAGAAAGAGAGACAUGCCUGGCAGUCACGGAACCAGUCGUCGAGACUGCUCGCAGGCGACGCUGAAGAGAAGAUUAUGAGGACGCCUUUAAUUUCCAAGGUCGCACGCAUCGAGAGCGAAACACUGUGCCGAGCGAGACUGCAGCGAGCGGUGAUCAGAACGACAAGCCGGGCGGGAGACUCGGUGCUGUGGGUGAACGCGGAAUAGUCAAGGUGGUCCUUCAAGAGGCGGGUAUCAUGUACCGGCCGAACUUCUACGAGAGCACGUGUCUGAGGUGCGCUCAGACCGUCUACCAGGUCGACAGGGUGGGUCCCUUGAAGGACUUCACGUUUUUCCACGCGGGUUGCUUCAAGUGCGCGAUCUGCGGCACCAAGCUCACCCUCAAGACCUACUACAACAAUCAGCACACGAUCAACGACAAGGAGGUGUACUGCAGCAGUCACGUGCCGAAACCCGGACCGGGCACUCUGGACGGGUCCAGCGUCGGCAUCAGGAGCGCCCUUAACGUACCCAGAAGCGGCUAUGUCAACGAGCAGAUCAGGGCGGGUGGCGCGUCGCCGCGCGGCCUCUAUCCAGCCUGUUACGAUAAUGUAGACUCGCCUAAUUAUGCCAGGCACUUGAACGGGCACGGCUCGCCGCCGGCGACAAACUCGUCGUCCCAGCGCGAUGGCAUCCACGGCGGCACCGGCGGCGCAUCCUCGCCGUACAAUCACAAUUAUUCGGCCGAUGGCAGCUAUCAGUAUGGCAGGUUCGACGCGAGCGCCCUACACAUCGCCCAUGCACUCAAGCAGACCGAGCUCCAGAAGGGCUACAGCAAGGCCCGCGAGAAACCCAUCGAUUAUUAUCUGGACCGCGACGAGCAGACGCGUCUCGAGAUGAAGCACCGGAAAGAAGAGGAUGAUUUAUACCGGAAGUUUGCGCACCACCGCGAGGAAGAAGACAGACGAAUUCGCGAGGAAUUCCGAGACGAGUGGGAGAAGGAGCUGGAGCAAUUGUCGGCGAGAUGGGAACGGGAAAAAGGCGGAAGAGUUCGAACCCAACAAUUUCAACAGGAGAAGGAAGACUUGGAGAAGAACAUGACUCUACGCAGGGACAAGAAGAAGGAAAGUCUCACGCGCAAGAUGCUGGAGCACGAACGGGCGGCGACCGCCGCGCUGGUGGAGAAACAGAGCUCGGAGAUGCUGGAGCUGAUCAAUGAGGCGAGAAGCGAGUACAUGCUCCAGGAGAGUUUAUACCUUGACGAGGGAGACGGUUAUGCCGAGGAAGCGCCGCCCCUGCCUUACCCGUCGCGCGCGCCACCCCCGCAGCCCCCGGCCCUCGCCAAGUAUCACAUCUACAAUGAUCCUCUGGAGUUCGCUGACAUGGAUCAGAUAGCUAUUUCGGUAGCUCAAGAAGAUCAAAAAACGUUCACGGACUUGGUGCGACAGUUGGUGAGCAGAUGCGGAUCCGAUAUAGAAAAGGCGAGGACAAUAUUCCGAUGGAUCACCGUGAAGAACCUCAACACUAUGCAGUUCGAUGAGAACUUACGAGGUGACACUCCCAUGGGUCUGCUGAGGGGCAUCAAACACGGCACGGAAAGUUACCACGUACUGUUCAAACGAUUGUGCAGUUACGCCGGCCUGCACUGCGUCGUCAUCAAGGGUUACAGCAAGUCGGCGGGCUACCAGCCCGGCGUUUGCUUCGAGGACAACCGAUUCCGGAACAGCUGGAACGCCGUGUACGUGGCAGGUGCGUGGCGGUUCGUCCAGUGUAAUUGGGGGGCGCGACAUCUCGUCAAUGCCAAAGAGGUCCCCCGGCCCGGCCAAGCGAAAGCCAAGAACGACAGUCUCAGGUACGAGUACGACGAUCAUUAUUUCCUGACGGAUCCACGGGAAUUCAUAUACGAAUUCUUCCCCCUGCAAGAGGAGUGGCAAUUGCUCAAGCAGCCGAUUUCACUUAAAGACUUCGAGGAACUGCCUUUCGUGCGGUCUCUAUUCUUCAGGUACGGCCUUUACUUUCCGGAUACGAAUACGAAUGCCGUUAUGUACACGGAUUCCACCGGCGCUGCGACCGUGAGGAUAGCGAUGCCGGCGCAUAUGCAAUCAUCCCUUAUCUUUCAUUACAAUCUCAAGUUUUACGACAAUGACGGCGACGGCUACGACGGCGUGUCGCUCAAGCGUUUUGUCAUGCAGUCUGUUGUGGGGAAUAUAGUUGCAUUCCGAGUUCACGCGCCGUGUUCCGGUGCUUUUCUCUUGGAUAUAUUCGCUAACGCGGUGACGCCGAAGGAGUACUUGACCGGCGAGCCGAUGAAGUUCAAGAGCGUCUGCAAAUUCAAAAUCGCGUGUGAAGAACUGCAGACGGUGAUGGUACCAUUGCCGGAUUGCGCCAGCGGCGAAUGGGGCCCCACUAAAGCCACCAGGCUAUUCGGGCUUAUACCCAUCACUCAUCAGGAAGCUCUGGUGUUCGCCGGGCGCGAGCUCGAGAUUCAAUUUCGCAUGUCGAGGCCCUUGACGGACUUCAUGGCGACCCUGCACAAGAACGGCAUCGAGGAGAAACGUCUCUCCAAGUACGUGACGCAUUCCAUCGCCGACGACGAUGUGGUGACUUUCUCCAUAAGCUUCCCCGAGGAGGGCCAGUACGGUCUGGACGUCUACACGAGAGAAUCGACGGCUUCGCCGACCGCGCAGCAUGACGUCACCGGCGAGAAGCAUCUGCUCACGCACUGCUGCAAAUAUCUCAUCAACUCCAGCAAGAGGAAUUGAGAGCACGCUCGCGCUCUUGAGGCAUAGUUUCGACUUUAUCCGGAAAACUUCUACCAGUUUGCGCGCACGGCAAUCGUUAUAAGGAGUUUCAAGCCGGAGUUUCGGCAUUCGUUAAGACGAAUGACGAAGUCGGUGAGGAAUGCAGUUCUUUUGUGGUCGGGGACGUUAAAAUAUUUGCAGGGACAGCGAGCGUUAUCGCGGCGGAGACAACGUCAAAAGUUUCACGCCGACGAUUGCGUGAAUUUCGCUCGUUCCACCGAACAACUUAUCCCGGCCUUACAAAACGACGCCGAUAUUUCUCGUUCUAGAAGUGUUUCCGGAAGUGCAAUCGGUCUUUAUUCGCCGAUGAACUAUCGACACUCAGUCAUGAAAGAAAAGAGAGCGACGACGGCGGCGGCAAAAUGACAAUGGUGAAAGCUGUGGGCGCUUUAUGUCAUUCCUUAAGAACUACUUUUCAGUCGCGCAGAUUAGAUGACGCGGCACGCAAUUCCGAGCUGACACGCUACCUCGAGUCUAACAAUAGGUUUACGACUUGGAGAAAAACAUUAAUGUAAAAUUAAUUACGCAAUAUCCUCGUCGCGGGAGGAAUACCUUCUGGAAGUGGCCGUGAGUUUCAGGUACGUUUCGUGUUCAAGCGGGUGAUUUAAUUUUCCGAGCACCCGCUAGGAACGUGCUCGAAACGGUCACGCUUGUAUCAUCAUCUAGCAAGUUAGUAUUUCCGUAUAAUGAUCUUCCCGCGCUUCUUACCUAACGUAUAUCAAAUAAAUUAUUGCGAUCCGCGAUUCCAUCGCAACAACUUCACCUCCGAAGCUUUACUUUCACCGAGAGAUCUAUAUUUAUCGCUAAUAUUAUAAUAGAUACAUUAUUUUCAUAUUAUAAAAAGAUUACAUUAUUUUCAUUAUUAAUAUACCUUCCCAAUCGCGGAUCCGCAUUACGUCAUGCGUGACGCAUAUAGGCCGGAUAAUGUAAGCAGAUAUAAUAUAUUUUAUGUACGAAGAUGCUUCUCUCUGUAUAUAAUGUACGUAUACGAUCAUUACGGCCUGAAAAUAUCAUUAUCGACAAGGAAAUCGUAUUUCGUCGAGAGACUGUCUGCCCCGCCUUCCACCCACACACCCGCAACAAUUCGCUCUUUGAUUUCCGUUGAAAUGUGUUUUGCGCAGGCAUUUUUUUAAUCUACCUUUUAAUCAGAAAAAUGUGUUUUUUUUUCUCGGAGUUUUUACAUUUUCAAGUCGUAAUCAUCGAAAUGCACAGGUGCUAUACCUUAUAUUAUCCUUUCUAAUUAUUCGCACAAUUGAGUAGCAGUCAUACAUUUAUUUAGGAGUAGGAUAUAACAUCCGCACCAUCGAUUAUGCGUAGAAAAAUGUUGUUUGCAAUAAUUUAGAAGAAUAGUAUAUAUUUGUUAAUCGUGUAAUAUUAAUCUCUUCCUUGUUGUCAAUUAAAAUUUUAACCACGCUUAAGAAAGAAGCUCCUACAUUAUUGUCUUAUGUAAUAAGCAUAACUCGAGCUUACGAUACCUAUUUUGUUAUCCAUUAACGUUCAUAAAUAUGUAAAUUAAUUUUUAUACUAUAAUUACUUAAUAAAAAUUGAUAUUUUCUUGUA